GUUAUUGGUUGAGGUUGCCUUAUACCAAUACCACGCUUCUUUGCUUGCCGUUGCUUUCACCAAGAUCUGUGGCUUGUGCUAAAGGAAUGUUACUACCUAGCCCAGCUUGAGUAAUUCCGACUCAAGAUGGCUGAGGGGAGGUAUACACAUGUUACAUUUCCUCCAGAGAAUCCACGGCCGCAAUUGCAACGAGAUGCGUUGUGCAUUCGAGUGAUGCGCCUGACCAAGCCGGCUCUCACUCUAAAUCACCCAAUCACAUGCGACACAAGUGACCUGCCUAAGGACUCGUUCAACCACGUCUUAAAGAAUGACCUAACAACAGUGCAAGAUGCUCCCAAUUUGGGCAUUGGGGAACUCAUGACACUGCCUCAAAACUUUGGGAACAUCUUCCUUGGCGAGACGUUCUCCAGUUAUAUCAGUGUCCAUAAUGACAGUUCGCAGAUUUGUCGGGAUGUGAUGGUCAAGGCAGACCUACAGACAAGUCUCCAACGCCUUUCUCUCUCAGGAGCGAGCAAUGAACCCGUUCCUGAGCUGCCUCCAAACACCAGCAUUGAUGAUGUCAUCCACCAUGAAGUCAAGGAACUGGGCACGCAUAUAUUGGUGUGUGCAGUCACUUAUACAACUGCCAGUGGUGAAAAGAUGUACUUCAGAAAGUUCUUCAAAUUUCAGGUGCUGAAACCAUUGGAUUUGAAACCAAAAUUCUACAAUGCUGAGUCCGAUGAAGUCUAUUUGGAAGCGCAGAUCCAGAAUACAACCCCUAGUCCAAUCUACUUAGAAACUGUCUCAAUGGACCCAUCUCCAGAAUACGUGGCGAAUGAAUUGAAUCAAGUGCCAUCUGAAAAUGGGAAGGAGAAAAAGCUUGUCUACGGGAAGGUGAACGUGUUGAAUCCAAUGGAUACGCGGCAAUACCUCUACUGCCUGACACCGAAGCCUGAGCUGUACGGAGAGAGUAAGAUCAUCAAGGGGGUCACCAAUAUCGGCAAGCUUGAUAUCGUCUGGAAGACGAGCAUGGGCGAAAAAGGGCGCCUACAGACAAGUCCACUGCAGAGAGUGGCACCAGGCUAUGGUGACAUCAGAUUGACGGUGGAGUACAUGCCAGAUGCCAUUCCAGUGGAGAAGCCAUUUAAUGUGACUUACAAGGUCACAAACUGUAGUGAUCGUACCAUGGACUUGACCCUGGCCCUAGAGAACACCAGGGGUUGUGGUCUGCUCUGGUCAGGAUUGUCCGGGCGGCAGCUGGGGAAGCUAGGGCCAAGCGAAAGCAAGAAACUCAAUCUUGGUUUGAUUGGCAUUUGCCAAGGAUUACAGACGAUAUCGGGUCUGAAAUUAACAGAUACAUUCCUGAAGAGAACCUACGAACAUGACGAAAUUGCCCAAAUAUUUAUCUACUCAUCGAACAGCAACAGUGGUUGAAGUGUGAUUCCUGAGGAAAAAGGACCUCGAUCACUUUGUGCCAACAUAGUAGAACUUUAUGUGCCAAUGUGUAGAACUUUCCAAAAAUGUUCACUUUGUUUUUACAAGUUUCCUGUGCUGUCUAAAGGCUUCUGCCACCAAUUGGAUUAAAGGAAUUCUCUGGUAGCAAUUCUCUUCACGCCGAGAAUGGCACUGACAUUAUUCAUAAACAGUGCACAAUGUUGUUCAUUGAAGAAUUUGGCAAUGACUCAUUGUCUGUUGGUGUGAUGGGGCACAUAUUUGACACUUCAGCUUUAACUAGUGACCCAUGCAAUUGGAGGUUGGUUGUAUACCCUAACUUUCCAUGAGGAAGUGUAUUAACCCUUUCGCUACUGAAGUUAUUAUCACCCUGCAUCAACCAGUGCCGAGCAGUGGAUAAAUGUUGAAGAGUGGCAACAGCUAUCUGAGCAGUCAAAUGAUAUUCAAAAGUCUCAUACCUCAAGUGAGAUUCUGUGAAUAUGAUUGGCUGAGACACGUCACGUGAUCGUGUGGUAUUCGCAAUGUUGCCCGCUCCAGCCGGUCGACAUUUGGCCGUGUCUCCCGGCAGAGUCACGUUGUCGGAUCUUUGUAGCCACAUCUCUGCUACCUAUAAACAACUUCUGUCUCGGUCCGGGGCCAAAGAAACUGUCGGGGGAACUAUGUACUGAAACAACGGCAGGACCAAGAUGAAGACACACUGAAACGCUAGUGGUUUGGGCAGUAAGGAACGUAGCAGCUGGGUUGUUGACCUGUGUGUGUCCUGGCGAUUCAUCAUAACGAAUUUUCCUGGCGACUAGACGAUGAAUUUCCCGAAUUUUCAACGCUACAUGUUUAAAAUAAAGAUGUAAUGUAAUAAAAUCAGUAAAAUUGUAAUUGAA